GAAGGGAAAUCUUCUUCAACUAGUCCGUAACGAGGAAAAAAUACCACGUGCUUCGGCCAUAGGUCUAAUUUUGCCGGUUUCAAAAAAUUCAAUAAAGUCAUUUUUGAGUGAAUAUUCUGCUUUUUCGUGAUAUCAAAAAAAUUGGAUAGAUUUGUGAUUUAAAAAAAAACGUGAGUAUCUCGUUCUGUUGGAAACUGCACACAAAAAUGGCGUUGGCAUCGAUCUGUCGGCUGUCAAUUGAUUCAACCUUCAGCCAUUUGAACCAUUUGGGAGCCACCGCCCGCCAAAGCAGACCGUCCUUUGCGUCGUUCGUGAAAAAUUUUGCCGCUGCUGCUGAAAAGAUGAGCCUUCCUCGUGUUUUCUUCGACAUGACCGCCGAUAGUAAACCGGUCGGUCGGAUUGUUAUGGAAUUAAGGAAUGACGUAGUUCCAAAAACUGCGGAAAAUUUCCGAGCCCUUUGCACCCAUGAAAAAGGCUUUGGGUACAAGGGCAGCAGUUUUCACAGGAUAAUCCCCAACUUCAUGUGCCAAGGGGGUGAUUUCACGCAUCACAAUGGAACUGGUGGAAAAUCUAUCUACGGCAGCAAGUUCGAAGACGAAAACUUCAAACUGAGGCAUACAGAGCCUGGUCUAUUGUCCAUGGCCAAUGCAGGACCAAAAACCAACGGCAGUCAGUUUUUCAUCACCUGUGCUAAGACCAGCUGGCUUGACGACAAGCAUGUCGUUUUUGGCAAAGUCGUUGAGGGAAUGGACGUUGUCAGAAAGCUGGAAGCAAUGGGCUCUCAGAGCGGCAGUACCUCCAAGAAAAUAAUAAUAGCUGACUGUGGCCAAUUGUAAGCUGAAUCAACCGAGGAGAGAUACAGAGUCGAAAUGGCAUUUUUUUCUUCCCUUAAGCGUGUCAGUUCACACAAUUGUCUUCUCACUCAAACUAGAAGUUGAAAAAACAAACGUGAAAAAAAAAAAGAAGGAGAAGUAGAAUUAUCACCUCGAAUUUGAAAAAAUCUCGUUCGCACGAAUCACGUUUUCCAGCUACGAUAAUAACACGAUGAAUUUAUGUAUGAAAACGUUCAUAUUAAUGAAAUGCCCUUCUUAACGUGCACAACAUCGAAUUGACGAGAUCACUGAAUUAAAGUUGAUCAAACAGAAUAACAGUAACACACAAUGUGCUGAGAUUUGAAACGUGAAUGAUAAGCAGACACAUUCAAAUUCGAAUUUUGUCCGAAUCUCUGAGUUUUUUACGUUGUUUUUCGAAAAAUAUAUCUUCUUCGAGGAUUUUUUGUACCGAUACUCUUGUUUUUCCGGCAUAUUGUAUAUUCUCCAUCAUCGAGGCCAGUUUUUCUCGAUUUUUUUUCCCAAAAUGAAGAUUCCUUACGAUUGUUUUAACAAUUAAUAAUUUUCGAUAAUUUUCACGAGUCUUUCGUGAUUCCAUAUUUUAAAUUUUCCUCUCAUAAUCGCAAUACUUUUGUCCAUUGUUUAAUCGCGUUCUUCAUUAUCCUGAGAACUUUUUCAUGACUAUGGAUUUGGUAUGAAAAAAAUACCGAGAUAAAUACAAAUUCCAAUUGCUAUUCUUCCGUUCCGACCCAAAGUCAGAUAAAAAACAGCUUUUCUUCCACGACCAAGAAACACGCUAAUAAAUUUUCAACACUCAACUAUUAUGGCGAACAUAAAAAUGUAACAAAAAGACGAAGACUAUCCAUCGUUGUUAGAUCGUCACACCUGUGUUUGAGAGUAGUUUUAACGAUCUCCUUGUAGCUCAAAUUUCUACGUAAUAAAAUUGUUUUGAGGAAAA